AUGGAAAUACCUGAAACCAAACAGUUAAGGGAAUCAAGCAUCGCCAAAGCCAGCGAUAUCACAGCUGACAAAGAAAAACAGGUCAAAAGAUACACGGAUGAUGGAAAAGAGGAAGUGGAUAGUGUGAAUCAAAAUAUGAAGAAUGUGGGACAAGAAACAAGUAAAAUUCCAUGCAUCCAAAAACGUUCCUCUUUGACAAUUGAAGAAGAUAAGAUUGAACCCGCUUUGCCGAAAACUGAGGCCAAGAAAAUCCAGAGCAUUUUACAUGUAGCUGAGACAGAAGAUUCUGGAGAGUUUGUUGGCAGCACGAAAGAAGACAGGAAAAAAGAAACACUGCAAAGUCAAAGUGAGACCAUGAGUCUUUCUGUUUCUCCUGUGGACAUUGAUUCAAACAUUAAUUUGUUAAGACAAAGUUUCCAUGGAAAAAAACUCGUCUUCCCUGAUAAUGUUGUAUCCUCCAUCAUAGAAGACUUGAUAGACCCUAGCAUUUUAUUGAUGGGACCUUUAUCUAAAGCACAUGCAUUGAAAAAAGACGAUAUGGAGCAAGUACCCUGCAUCCAAAAAACUACAUCUAUGGCCUCUGAAAAAUUAAGGAUUGAACCCACUUUGCCGGAAACUGAGGCAAAAAAUACCAAAAGCCUAAUGGAAAUACCUGAAACCAAACAGUUAUGGGAAUCAAGCAUCGCCAAAGCCAGCGAUAUCACAGCUGACAAAGAAAAACAGGUCAAAAGAUACACGGAUGAUGGAAAAGAGGAAGUGGAUAGUGUGAAUCAAAAUAUGAAGAAGGUGGGACAAGAAACAAGUAAAAUUCCAUGCAUCCAAAAACGUUCCUCUUUGACAAUGGAACAAGAUAAGAUUGAACCCGCUUUGCCGAAAACUGAGGCCAAGAAAAUCCAGAGCAUUUUACAUGUAGCUGAGACAGAACAUUCUGGAGAGUUUGUUGGCAGCACGAAAGAAGACAGGAAAAAAGAAACACUGCAAAGUCAAAGUGAGACCAUGAGUCUUUCUGUUUUUCCUGUGGACAUCGAUUCAAACAUUAAUUUGUUAAGACAGAGUUUCCACGGAAAAACACUCGUCUUCCCUGACAAUGUGGUAUCCUCCAUCAUAGAAGACUUGAUAGACCCUAGCAUUUUAUUGAUGGGACCUUUAUCUAAAGCACAUGCAUUGAAAAAAGACGAUAUGGAGCAAGUACCCUGCAUCCAAAAAACUACAUCUGUGGCCUCUGAACAAUUAAGGAUCGAACCCACUUUGCCGGAAACUGAGGCAAAAAAUACCAAAAGUCUAAUGGAAAUUGCUGAAACCAAACAGUUAAGGGAAUCAAGCAUCGCCAAAGCCAGCGAUAUCACGACUGACAAAGAAAAACAGGUCAAAAGAUACACGGAUGAUGGAAAAGAGGAAGUGGAUAGUGUGAAUCAAAAUAUGAAGAAGGUGGGACAAGAAACAAGUAAAAUUCCAUGCAUCCAAAAACGUUCCUCUUUGACAAUGGAACAAGAUAAGAUUGAACCCGCUUUGCCAAAAACUGAGGCCAAGAAAAUCCAGAGCAUUUUACAUGUAGCUGAGACAGAACAUUCUGGAGAGUUUGUUGGCAGCACGAAAGAAGACAGGAAAAAAGAAACACUGCAAAGUCAAAGUGAGACCAUGAGUCUUUCUGUUUCUCCUGUGGACAUCGAUUCAAACAUUAAUUUGUUAAGACAGAGUUUCCACGGAAAAACACUCGUCUUCCCUGACAAUGUGGUAUCCUCCAUCAUAGAAGACUUGAUAGACCCUAGCAUUUUAUUGAUGGGACCUAUAUCUAAGGCAGAAACAUUGGAAGGGACAAAAGAGCUUAAUGCCAGGAAGCACGAAGUUCCGGUGGUUGAAACUCUCAACAGAGAAAGACAGAUUAAAACCAGUCCCCUGGAAAACGAGGUAAAAACCCUACAGGGAGAAAUAUCCAAGCCCCCCAAUCUUCUAGCAGAAAAAGAAGUUACAGCUGUGACUGACUCAGUAGAACAGAGGUCCUACCAUCCGUCACUUCCAACUGCAGUGAGCAAUCCCGAAUACAAUGCGAAUGACUACGUCAAUCAAAAUGCGAAGAAAGGGGAUCUGGGCCAAGGACCCUGCAUCCAAAGUUCCAAACAAUUAAAGAUUGAACCCAUUUUGCUGGAAACUGAGGCAAAGACCACUAAAAGCUUUAUGGAAAUUCCGGAAACCAAACACUUAAGAGAACCAGGCAUCCUCAAAGCCAGCGUUGUUACUGUUGACAAGGAAAAACAGGUCAAAAGAAGCACAGAUGAUGGAAAAGAGGAAGUGGAUAGUGUCAGUCAACAUAUGAAGAAAGAGGGACAAGUAACGAGUAGAAUUCUGUGCAUCCAAAAACGUUACUCUUUGACAGUGGAACAAAUUAAGUUUGAAGCCACUUUGCUGGAACCUGAGGUGGAUAAAUGUAAGCCACUAAAAUUACGAUCAGAUAAAGCAGUUGUAAGCAAAGCCAGCUUAUUAAAAGAAAGAGAAGAAUCACAGAGAAAUGAUGUGGUGCAAAACCAGAGUGCUAAAAAGCCAUAUAUUCCAGUGCUUAAACACAUCAACAGGGAAAAGACUAAACCUUUUACAAAGGGGGUAAAGGAACAGGCAGAGGAAUAUUCUAACCUGGUGUCAGAAAAACAAGCUAUGACCAAACGUAAAGCACAAACAGCAGAAUGCAUGAUGAAGCAAACAGCUGAUAGCAAGCAAGGGGUUCUGGCGGUCGAAAUUUCUCCAAAAGAAAAUGGGCAUAAAAACGCUACUGGUGCACGACCAAAAAGGAGAGCCCAGACUCCCUCUAUCUGGCACUCAGACAUCAAGCAAAGUGUAAAUAAUUUGGCCACAAAGCAAACCGAGAUCGAACCCUCUUUGCUGGGUACUGAUGCUAAUUCAGAGAUCGAUUUUAGACAUGUGGACCCAAAUCGAAAGGCGGAGAAAAAGAAAGCAACAAGGGGGCACCAACUUGCAGAAGCAUGUAAUAACGGAGGGGCAAAAAUGACCAAAACCGAGGAAACUUUAACGAAGGAUAAAAAGGGUGCUCAGAUGCAGAGGGAAUCAACGGAAGUUGACAAAGCAUGCCCCUCUUUCACUAUACGCGAACGGUGUUUGGAGGACUUCAGCACAUGGUACAGCGAUUUGUAUCUUACAGGGGGGCAUUUAGAGCAAAUCCAUAUGAAAAAAUUUAUCGAGUACCAGGAAAUGAAAUCUCGACGUGAUAAACUCUUAUGUGUAUUUCACAACAGCCUGAGACAUUUGAAAACCAUCGCCCGGUUGGCUGAAAUUAGAGUUGGGAAUAAACACAGUAAUGAAACAUGUUUGAAGACUGCUAAAACAGUUAGAGAAAAAUGGAAGAGAGCAGCUUUUCGAGCGCGACAUGCCGCUUUGCGAGAACUUGCUUUAAUAUGGGACAAAGCAGAUUUUACCGAAACUUCAAUUAGUCGCGCUCCCUCUAUUUCGUCGGCAACUUGCUCGUCUACUGACCAAGAAGAGCAAAGUUUGGACAGGCGGAAGUCCAACGCCUCGGACAUAGACAAAAAACGGUAUAUAAGUCGACAGCAGGACGCUGCUCUUCGUGAUUCCGAGGAAUACAACAGACGGGCAUAUUUCCACAGUAAUAUGAAGCUCUUUAAGUUUGUCAACUUCUUCCAAAGACAGUAUAUUUUAGAACAUAAUUUCAACGAGGCUGACUUUGAUUAUUCGGACUGGGAUAUAAUCAACAAAUGUCAACAGGCACACGAAAGGAAGAUAAGAUGUUCAAAAAUUGAAAGCGGCGUUUCUCCCGAAAUGGAGCGUAAACGCCAUACUCCCUGUCAGGAAAAGAAGGCGCCCAUUUUGCAAAAAGACGCAACCCCUGCACAGGCAAAUACGGAUUUAAUUCACAAACAAACAUCUGUUGAAACAACACUGUUGCCUUCAAGUAAGAGUGAAGAUUCUAAUGGAAAUGAAGCAACCGGACAAAAAAUUAAUACAAUAAAGAAAAAGAAGGGAAGAAAGAAUGCUGUUGUUCUUUUGAGCACACGCGCUCUUCAGCGUUAUAAUUUGUGA